UCAAAUUACUAAUUCAUUUCAACUAGUCAUAAAAAAAAAUAUGUAUUAUAAAUCAUUUUGAUAGCCUUUGAAACUGAAGCUAACAAAUUGUUUUAAUUUUUUGAGCUUCAUUUUAUUAUUGACUUAGGGCAGUUGGUUACCAUGGAGAGUGGACACAGGCAGGUGGAAAGGCAUUGCUGUUUAAAAAGUGACAUAGGUUUCUUAGAUCUGCUUCAUGGCCAUCAAUAGAUGUGACUGGUGCUUUCCCCUCUAAGUGCUGUUUUAUCUAAAAUAAUACAGUGGCAAGGUUUAGGACAGAUGGUUCUGUUUAGUCUAAGAGAAAUGGCUUCAGAGCUGAAGGAUGAGAUAAGAUGUAUGCCAUACUGGUUCAAAUUCCGUAGUCAGCAUGUCUGGGAAGAAAUUACAACAGGUUUCAUGGUCACUCCCAGAAAUUAGGCUACCUUGGAGCUAUUAUAAGGAGGAUUCUUACUUUGUCUAGUUAGAACAGUUUUGGCAGGGCUCCUAAAUGCAUGUCUGACACUGUAAAACUGUUCUCUCUUGUCAAGGUUCUAAUAAAUGUGGUUGGGUGACAAUUGUUAAUCUCCUUCUUAGUUACUACUAUGGACAAGAGAAACACAGUUUUGUAAAUUUAUUUGGUUCGUACUUUGAAUAUUGUUGUGAUGUCUUUUUUUUUAGACCAAAUAAUAUAUUAUGAAAUAACUUAGUGUUCUUGUUUAAUGUAGAAGAGUCCAGACUCUCAAAAAAGGAGUCGGAUCCAAUCGUUGAAAUGAACGAGUUAGCUGACCGUGACGGCUCGUUCGCGACCGACACAUCGGUGUUUCAUAUUCUGUCUGUAGUUUGCACAGUGUACACACGUUGCCACGCCGGUACAAGUAAAGCAAUAUAAAUGUAAUUAAAGGGCAGUUGUUCUUUUGGUAUUUGCAGAAUUUAGUUAAGUAGAACGAGAGAUUACACAGAUCAGUUAAAUGUUAACGCCAAAGCCGGACUGAAAACGUGGAGGAGACAGUAGCAGCUAAAGGCUGCAUUAUAUCCGUGGAAAAGAUUUCUAGUUUGUAAUUCGGCGCACAAGGAGGUCUCCAAUAACAAUAUUAAACGGAGACCUGCAGCCAUGGCAGGCAAAGGCCGUGGGGUGGCUGCCUUUACCUUCAACAUAGAGGCUCUGGGCAUCGGCAGAGGUAGCAUGCCAGAAGCCAGGGUGGGGCCCAGCCCACUGUAUCCAAACACUGAUUUUAAACCAGUUCCACUGAAAGUUGGUGAAGAUGAAGACUACAUGCUGGCCCUGAAGCAGGAAAUGAGAGGGACCAUGCAGCGGCUGCCUCACAAUAUCAAAGUUCAGUCGAACAGAGCAGAAGUGGAAAAAUACACAGAGAGAUACCUGAAGCAGAGCCAGAUGGAAGAUGAGGGAUGGACUCCAGACUGGAACCUUUUUCCAAAAGAACUGAAGCCUCGAACUAAAAAACCUCGAACUAAAGGAACAAAGAAUAAGAAGACUGUGAAAGUUUCGAGCAAAGAGGCGGUGGAUGUUCUGAGCAAACUAGAUGUACUGGCAAAGAACGAUGAUGGAAACGCUGAAAAGUCAGACGAUGAGGCAGAGAAGAAAACAGGAAAUGAGGAUGAAGAAAUAGAAGAGGAAGAGUAUGAGGAAGAAGACCUUGAAGAGGACAACGACUAUAUUGAAAGUUAUUUCGAUAAUGGUGAAGAUUUCGCUGCUGACAGUGAUGACAACAUGGAUGGUGAAGCAACAUAUUGAAACGACGGGACUCCGCCUGCCAGAGUUCUUUGGUUAAAACGUUUGUUAUUUAAGUUAACACUUUUAGCAGAGCUAUACUUUAUUUCAUGUUCUUUGAAGAACCCUGUAAAUAAGUGUGUGAACAUUUGCAGAAUCAAGAAUGUAUUGAAAAUAUAUUUAUUUAUUCUUCAUGAUGGACCGGUUUGAAGGCACAUAUUGUCAAUUUCAAAAUUAUGCUGACAGAGAAAAUCAAGGUAACACUGUGAUGAAAUAAAAGGGCUAUAUAACAAGGUC